GUUCGUUAUAUCUGCGUUGAAAGAGAUGGAAUUUCAAUCCCGAGUCCUUAAUUCUUUUCUUCCAUCAUUCUUAUUGCGAACUCGAGUUUGCAAAGUUUCGCACCAUAAACAAAUUGGUAACUAAUUUUAGAAAGGAAGUUCUAACCCUACGUAGCUAUUCUUCAUUCCUUCUCAGAUACUGAACCAGGGAUUUUUAUUUCCUUUGUGCUUGAAAUAUGGAAGGGCAGGCAGAGGCAGAGGCUUCAAACCACAAUCCAGAAGAGAUCAGAGGUCGCCAACCAAAGCAAAGGCAAAAUCCCGAUGAAAGCAAAAAACAGCCUGAUGCGGAGGAGGAGGCAAAGGCUUCAAACAAACGAAAAAUGAUCAGAUGUCACCAACCAAAGCGAAAGAGACAAUUGGAAAGCCCAAAUGAAAGUGAACAACAUACAGAGGCUUCUUCAAACAAGCCAGAAAAGAGAGGUCGCAAACCUAAGCUAACUGUAGCUGAAAGACAUGCAAAUAAAAUACAAAGUGGUAGAUUAUAUCGACAAAAUAAAGCCGCCAAGAACAAAGCAUUACAAGAAAAGAACCAAGAACUGGAUGAAGAGAAAAAAAGAUUGGAAGAAGAGAAUAAAGAACUAAAAAACGAGAAGGAGGCGCAACAGUUUGAGAUAAACUCUUUGAAAGAGGAGCUUUCGAAGAUCAGUGCUAGAGCAGAUAAAUUAGAGAGAAAAGUAAGUGAUGAAUCCAAAAAAGUGAAUAUGGUGAGAAUUAGAAGCAAAGCGCUGGAACCUGGGAUGCAACAGCUAGAACAAAAUUUUCUCAACCAAGAUGAUCAGGACUGCCAUUUGGAAUUCGAUGAUAUACCAAUGGAUGAUGAGUGGUUGAACAAUUUCGAGAACCUGAAAGACUUCGCCAUGCCCCAAAAUCUACAUGGGGUAAGACCAUAGGUAUGUGCUACCCAGUGAAUUUGUGAAUAAAUUAAUUAAGGGUGCCUUUGAUUUCAAAUAUCAAAGACUAAUUUUCAGAGGUAGAAAAAUCUUCUUAUCAAAGCUUGAUAUAUUUUGCACAAAUGAGCAAUAUCGAAACAAUUACAAGUAAAAACAAUAAGGAAUCUGAUAUAGGAAGAAACAAACAAUCAAUCUACAUGUUGUAUCUAUGAAACUAUAUUUUUCUCUCAUUGGUACAUUCUUUUUUAAAAAUCAAAACACUUUCAAGUGAUUAUGUUUAUAUUGACAUAAGCCUUAAAGAAAUUAUAACUACAAAAUAAAUAGGAUAAAUAAUUAAAUAAUAAAAAAGAACAUGCUAUUAAUUUACAAGUGUACAUGAGAGAAAUGAUAAAUGUAUAUACAAAAUGUUAAGGCCUAAAAACCAGGAUUUUAAGAUUAUUUUUAUGUUCUUCAAAAUCAUUAGCGACCAAUAAUGUUGUAGUUGAACUAUAGUCAAAUUAUAUGAGUGAUCUAUGAUUUAUUUAUUGUCAGUUUCACCAUGGAUUAUCAUUAGAAAUUUGAAAGGGAAGUUGCAAGGUUACAUGUUUUGCUUUGUUAAAUCUAGCUUAUGUUUUAAUGUUUCUUUCUAUUCAUUAAUAUUGUGAUUGGUGAUGGUCUCAUUCAUUUUAUGUUUGAAUGCCAUGGUUUUUUAUAUAUUCUUACCUUUGUUAAGUAGUCUUAUUCGAUAUAUGUUAAGUUUUGCGUUUCUUAUGAUCCUAUAUUCAAAUUGAGCCUCUCCAUCAUAGACAAUUGGUUUUAGUUUGAAUGCAUAACAUGGCAUCAAAGCCUAGGUUUGUUCUGUUCUUCCUGCUUGUUACCUUUGUGAUAAGCCCUUGUUUAGCAAGACAUGAGGGGAAGUGUUAAGUGGUCUUAUUACACAUUUGUUAAGUCUUGGGUUUCUAUGGUCUUAUAUUCAAGUUGGACAUUUCUAUUUGUAGCCAAUUAGUUUUAGGUUGGAUGUUAUAAAUGAAAAAUAUUUACUAAAUAUCAGUGGUUGAUUGUUACUUUCGAGUAAAUUUUUAGGGUUUUCUUGUAACGUUUAAACUCUAAUAGAGCUUAGCUAUGAGAUUUUCAUAUCUAAACUUUCCAAUUAAAACAUAUUACAUCAAU